AUGCCACCAAUCAUACACUCUCUACUAGAUACAGAAGAAAACGACGAUUUUGUACUUGAACAUGAUAUCUUUGGUCAACAAUGCAAUUUACCUAUGAAAGACUUACAAGUCAUUUGGCAGCCAACAUCAUUCUAUGUGUCUGAUCGAAUCUAUCAAAAAAUAAAACACGAUCUUUUAUCAUGCACAAUAGAUAAAGAUCAUACAUUUCUCUGUUUAUUUCCAAUAUAUAUCGAUAUGAAUCGUAAAAAACAAAUAUUACUCGAUCAUCAACAUGAAGAAAUUUUUCUUCCAUCAACAAUUCCAAGUACAAAAAGCGAUCUCAAUCAUUUACAAGAACGUUUUCAUGGGAUGCUAUAUAAAGAACAAGCACUUGAAAUAGGUUUAUGUAAAAAACGUCGAAGAAUUUAUAAUGAUUUGUUUGAUGAACUUAUUCGUAGCAUAACUCUUCAAUGCACUGAGCGUGGUCUUUUACUUGCAAGAAUUAAAAAUGAAUAUCUGCAAUGGAUGAAUACAUAUGAAGAACUUUAUGCAAGCGGCAUGGCUUAUGCUUUAAGGCAAUAUUUAUGUAAAACAGAAGAAAAACAAAAAAGUGGCCAUGUUAUUCAAGAGUUAGAAUAUGAAUGUCAACAAUUACAAAAUGAAAUUGACAAAGAAUCGAAGCGUUUCGAAAAAAUUACACAAUUGCUUCAUGAUGAUACUGAACAGAGUCAUGAACAAAAUUUAUUAAAAACGAAUGCUAAUAUAUUACGAUCAACAAAUGAAAUACUUCGACGUGACUUUCAAAAUACAUUGAAUAAUAUUCUAUCGUCAACUAUUUUUCUAGGUGAACCAAUUAAUUAUAAUAAAGAGGACGAUUAA